CGUGAGUGACUCUAUUUCCUCAAUUAACAUUAUUACAUAACGUGAGUUUUGUCCAUUCCAUCAAAUACGCAAUUUAGAUCUAUGCAUAUGUACUAAUACAAGUGAGCCUCUACACCAACCUCGUAUUCUUCCUUGUGAAUUGAGCAUCACCAUGGGUAGAUAAUUACUAGUUCCAACAUUGUUAUUUGUAAGUUGUAAUGUUGUGGCUUCAAAUUAUCUUGUCAUGAACCAGUUGAUUCUGAAAACCCGAGCCUCAAUUCGGCUUAUUCACGCAUCAUUGAUUUUUAAUGCUAUUUUCAAUCGAAUUGGAGUGUGCGCGCUUCAGCUGGGGUUAUUGGUUGUUUUUUAACGAAUUGGGGCGUGCACGUCCCAAUUUGCUUCUAUAGACAGCAGAUUUGGAAAUGUUUUCACAAAUGCUGAAUUUUGGAUAGGGUAAAUGCCACAUUUGGUCACCGAGAUUACUAAAUCAUAUCAUGUUUAGUCACUAGAAAAAAUUAAUAUCAAUUUUGGUCACUCGAAUUACUGAAACAUGUCACAUUUAGUCACUCUCCCGUUAGUUUCCGUCCAACUCUGGUUAUUAGAAUUACCUUUUCUUUUUAUUAAUGUCACUCGAAUUACUGAUACAUGUCACAUAACAUGAUUUAGUAAUUCCAGUGACCAAAUGUGGUAUUUACCUAUUUUGGAUAAUAUUUUUUAAAAACACAAUAUUUUAGGGAAAAACAACCUUAUUUGCCGCCUAGUAAAAAACCAAGCUAAAAGCCAUCUCCCACAAAACCGAAUAAAUGCCCCGCCUAAGCCUCUUCAAUUAUCAGGCACCCUAGGUUUGACCUUUGUUACAUCCCCAUAUCCUUUGACCAUCUUGCUGCCCUUUUUAAUAUUUUCUUUUCUGGUUAAUUACGAUGAGGUGCAAGUUGUUGAGUCGUUUUGAACAAUGGAAAAAAUGGAACAAACCGUGUGGACCUCUAGAUUCAUCAUGUGCUUCCCCUACCUCUCUCUGUCAUCCAGCACAUUCAUUAUUGUUUUUUACUAUUUGCCAUGAACUCUCCCCAUGAUUAGUUCAAUAAUUAACCACACAUAUCUCACAUUUUGGAGAAUCUCAAGUCUGAACAUGCUUCCCCAGAUUCAAUUCCUGUCCCUCGAGAAAAUGCUUGUAUUGAGAAAAUAUUUUGUAUUAACAACUUAUUUAGACAAUGCGAAUUAUUAGUUUGUUAUGUUGUGCUGCAGUCUCUAAUUGUUCGAAAUCGUACAAUUUUCAUACUAAUAGAUGACAAAAGCAUAUGACCGGUGCAAACUUUUGUUCCAAAAAUUAAUUUUUAUUUUAAAAUAAGAUAAUUUAGAACUAAAGUAUAAAAUACGAGGGUGGCUCGCAAGAAAUUGGUAAGCAUGUUUAUAGGGAGGCGAAUGUAAUUGCAGGCUACCUAUCCAAUUUAGGACAUUCGUUUUUCGUUAGUUUUCAUAAAUUAGUCAUACCUGAUAGGUAGUGUGUUGGUGUAUUGGUUAGACCAUGACUUUACUAGGGACCAAAUAUCCCAUUGGCAAAUAUGUGUAGGGCAAAUAUGUGUAUUGGUUAUACCAUGAGUCAUGACUUUACUAGGGACCAAAUAUUCGUUUUUCGUUAUUAUUCAAUCACUCAUUGGCAAAUAUGUGUAGGGCAGCAGCACCACCUAAUCCGCUGCUAAUCAUGGCAGUUAAACCGCGGUUUUGUAUAGUGAUGAAAAAAUGAACCCACCAUACGAAACAACAAAAUAAUGUCUCACGUGCCACGUGUUUAGUUUCACACACAGUUUUCCUCCUUUUAGACUUGGCAAUCGGAUGGGGUUGGGGACUCUGGUUACGGGUCAGGUCAUGUUUAGUUGACUUAUUUCGGAUUAAAUAUCAACCCAGCCCAUUCGGUUUUGGACAGGGUUAUAGGUAGUUUCAGGUUAUGAGCGUUCUCAGAAACAAUAUCAAACAUGUUUCAUAUUUUCUCAAAGAACACAAAUUUUCACAUAUGUAUGAUAAUAGUUUACCUAACACAUGUCAAUUAACUUAUUCUCAAAAUCUUCACGUGCUAAUGAAAUAAAAUACAAAUUGCGCAAAUCGUCAAAAAACAAUCACAAGAGUAAUAAUACUACAAGAAACACAUGAUAUUUGAUUAUCCUUAAACUCCAAACAUGUCAUUUAAAUCCUUGUGUUUUUUUUAACAUCCCACCAAUUUAUGAGUGAUUUGAUCAUUUUGAGAGUGAUAUAUAAAAUAAAAUGGGUCUAACGGGUACACCCGCUAACCGACCCAACCCGACCCAAAAAAUUAUAGGUUAUCAAGUUCGGAUCAUUCGAAUUUCAGGUUAUAAAAAUUUCUACUUUUUGGACGAUUUCGGAUCGAAUCAACAAAUCGGGUUAUAAUUUACCAGUUCUAUCUCCUUUGUUUGUUUAUGCAUUUGAAUUUCACCGACAGUCGUCGUCUCUACAAACAUUAUAACUGUCAAAGAAAUUGACAAAUGAUAAAUUAGAAUACAUGAUUUUUGGCAAUACAAUAAUCACAGAGAUAAUAGCAAUUAAAAAUGCCCAUAAGUUGGAUUUAAAAUGUCCUAUCUCUCGGUCAUAUACGUUGUAUUAUAUAGGCGACACAACCACCACUCUUCUUUUGUCCAGUAUAUGACAAGAGUUAAAUCAAGAUGCAUGAUACCUAACCUAGGUAUCCAAGGAAGUAACAGCCAUGCCCUAUAGCUCUGUGUAAAGAUCUAAUAACACUGUUAAGGCGGUUUGCAUUGAAAAUUUAAGGUUUAAUUCACCCGCAUAGUCAUAACUUUCACGGUUUUGAUAAAUAUAGCCACUUUUUAAAUAAUACAGAGAUGUAGCUAUUUCCGUCCAAUUCUUUGACGGUUCAUUUAACUUGCUGACUGGACUAACGGCCGCGGCUGAUGUGGCGUUGUUUCUUUUUGCAUCUUUGUCACGUGGGAAAUAAUUUUUUUUAAUAAAAAGGUAGAACGACAAAGAAGAAGCCAAAAAGGGGAUUCAGAUCACUUUCCCCUUUUUCGUUCAUCUGUUCCCAACAACCUCACCUCCUUUUUCUCUCGACUUGCCCCAACCGUUCGUGAUCGUCGAUAAAGGGGAGCCAUGCAUUCGACCGACGAGUAGCUUCGGACGGUCGCUCCUUCGACGACGGUACGGACUUCGGCGGUUCAGCUGACGGCGGCUAAGAAACAUCGGCGGAGGAAACCCUAAAUUUCGCGUUGCUAAGAAACCCUAAAUCGUGCGACUGGUGAGUCCUUAUGAACUGCUCUGGUUUUCUGCCCUGGUUUUCUUCUUUGCACGGUUCGAAUGAAUGAAUGAUUUGUUAACGGGAAGUGGGUAUUGUGUAUUUAUAGGUUCGAAUGUGGAAAGCGACAUCCCAACUUCUUCGAGGGACCAGAAGAAGUUUUUUUUCACGUGCCCCUGAAAAUACGGUAAACACCUGGAACCUCUGGUUAUAAUCGUCAUUUACUAUAAAAGCUUCCACUUCUCGUGCUUCUUUUGGCUGUAUGUGGAGUUCCCCAAUUUCUUUAAUCGCUUCUUGGAUGUGUGUGUUUGACUUUUUUAUUAGCGAUUAAUCAUUAAUUAGUAGUUAAUGGAAUAAACAAUGAAUUUAUGCAGAGAGAUGGCAGAUUCGUGGGAGGAAGGGAAUCGUGAGAAUGUCACAAACCAGGAAGGGGAAGAAGAUGAUUUCCUGUUAGUAGAAGAUGGGGUAGCAGCUUCUGUUGCAAAGGAGGUGUACCAUGUUUAUGAUUCGGAUUAUGCUGAUACUUCGGAUGAUGAAUAUCACGAAGCACGUGACAACUUACGAGCAUAUGACGAGACGAGGAGGAGGAGAAAGGUGCGGUCAAAGAGUGCUGGCAAGCCAGUUCGUGGACCUGCAUGGAAGUCAGCCACCACCUAGUCAGCCUUAGAUUUAGGAAGAAUAUGAUGCUUGAGUAAGCUUUUGUGUAAUGUCGAUAGUAGACACUUAUGUGAACGUUGCUAUGUAAUGACGAUUACAUGACUCAUGAAGCAGUUCUUAGCAGAUUAGGUAGCGAGUACUGAAGUUAGGGAUGCAAAUGAACACACUUUUAUGGAUGCAGACAACUUGUUAGUUGCAGGUGUAUAAUGUACUCUAAUGAACACCAUUUUGAUGUGCACCCUUUUGCACUUGCUUAAUAUAUGUGUCUCAAAAAAACCAAGACUAUGUUGCUUUAAGGAAAUAGAGAGACCACAUGUUACAUUAAUAAGUAAAGAUCAUUAUAUUUAAAGCUUGCAUACAUUUGCUAAGUUUCUUACUCAAACAGAAACACCUACAAAUUGCCUAAGCUUCCACAGAAUGCCAACAAUUACAGACCAGAUUCUGGCCUCCAAAGAACAAUAACCAAAAUAGCAUUCAUCAAUACAGAACCAAUCAACAGAUAUCGUAUGAUACGGACAUCAUCGUCCAAUCUCCUAACAUGCAUUGCCAUAACCUCAUGAGCAAGCAUCAAUCUGCUUAGUUCUUCGGCCAACAAUUCUUUUUCCUUCUUCAUCUUCUCUGCCUUCCUUUCUGCUAGCAGCAGACUCUCUUCCAGAUUCUGAAUAGAACCCAUUUCAUUAGUCCAUGAGCCAGUUUCAUCAUUGUUUGAUUCCACCCACCGAAAAAAUUGACAAAUUUUUUCCCCUAUCCUACAGCAAAAUAAUAAGCAUGACUGUCAAAACUGUAGGUAAAAACCAAUUGGGUCACACAAAGAAUGUAUUGCUUACCUUCCAAUAAGGACAACAGUAGAAUUGUCGCCCUGGGUUUGUAUAAGUACCCAAAGUUUUAAGAACACAUGGGACGUUGUGCUAUCAUCGAACGACAAUCCUACUAUUGGUGCUUGCUGAUCCGAAAUCGGCAACAUUGAAAUCCACCUUCUUUACACACCUAUUCGACAUGGAUUCAACUGCUGGGAAAACGGAGAUGAAGGGAACGGCUAUGAUACUGGUGUAUUUAGGCGAAAAUGGAAUCGGGAGAGUAAUAGGGGACAUUAGCAGGGGAGGCGAAGGGGAGGCGAUAUGGGUAUGCUGAGAAGGAGGCGUCGAUGGCAGUGAGGAGUUGGGGUGGAGAGGAGGUCUCGAUGGAAGAAGGGAUUGAAAAUGGAAAGAAGGGAUUGAAAAUGAGUGUCUGAUCUACGAACCCUAGAAAAUAAGUGAGGAAGGUAAUGAAAACGACAACGAUGAAGGAGAGAGAGAGUUAAAUAAUUUUAAUUUUUUUAUCUGAUGUGGCGUCCACGUGGCUAAGUUUAUUCGGUUGGCGAUGACGUGUCAUCCAUUUGGAGGACAGAUCAACAAAACGUCCACUUAACUGACAAAGACGUUAACUCCGUCAAAUGUUUUAAAUGAAAUGGCUAGAUUAGUCAACAAUGUUUGAAAAGUAUGGCUACAUCUGUGUAUUAUUCAAAAAGUAGCUAUAUUUAUCAAAAUCGUGAAAGUUAUGGCUAUGCAGGUGAAUUAAACCAAAAUUUAAUCGGUAAGAAAUUCUCAGAUAAUCGACUAACAUGCGAUAAUUACAUUUUUCUAUUAUCUAGCUCACUCACUCUAUUGGUCUCACUCACUCUCACACCAUAUGAAUAUUUAUCAACCACAUCGAAUCCCACUUGAAACAAUGAUAGAGCCCUAUAGCUAGUCUUUCAUUAAUUACAGAAAAGUCUUCACGAGUGAAAAAAUUAUGAAAGGCGGGGAAAGAAAAUUUGGGCCCGAAGGAGACAAAGUAAACCGUCGAAAGUGAAAAGUGGGAGUGGGCCGGCCCGCUGAAUGAUAAAACUCUGAAUCACAUGCACGUCUUGUUCGUCGCGUCCAAAACAAAACAUCGAUUCGAUGGUCCAUUAAAUUUAAAUUACAGCG